AUGCAAAGUCACGUCAUCCUAACAGAGAGGAAAAUGAAAGAUGAAAACACUUUAACUGCUGCUUGUAAUAGAAGAAGCAAAGGAAGAACGGAGUUGACAAAGGAAUCUCAUGAUCAUGUUCUUUUGGAUAUUCCUGUCACUAGAGAGCAGAUGAAUCACUAUCGAGCUGCAGCUGAAACUGCUCAAAGUGAACUUGCAGCACUUUCAGUGAAGUACAAUUGUGCCCAGUCAGAGCUUCUUGAACUCAGGUCCAGGAUGGUCACUAAAGAAGCCUCUUUUCAAGAGCUGAAAGCUGAAGCUGAAAGCUGCAAGGAAAACAAUGCUAGACAGAUGUCUCGCCUCCUGUCUUUGCAAACCCGAAUUCAGGAGAUGGAGGAAGAGGCAUGCGUGCUUGCCACUUCUAAAAACCAGGCUGAGCUGACAGCUCAGGCGGCAUUCAAGGAAAACUGGGAGCUGAAGGAGGAGCUUCAUGUGCAAAAUGCCAAACUUAAUAAAUAUUUGAAUGAGUGUGAAGAAAGCAUGACUCAAGCUUCUAAAAUCAGCAGAAAGUAUGAAGAGCUCCUUACACAGCUUUCUGGAUUCUUGGACACAGACAUCAGAGAAAAAGAGAAACCACAGGAACAUCUAAUGUUGAAGGUCUCUGAAAUAUGUAAAGAAAAUCUGUCACUAAAAGACCAGGUUGCUACUCUUCAAGAAGCUAUCAAUGUCCAUGAGAUGGAGUCCAAAGCUAGUAGAGAAACUAUAACGAGGCUUGUUUCAGAAGUGACCAAGGAGCAGAAAAAGGCAGCAGGAUACUAUCAAGACGUGGAAAAACUUAGUAAGGAUCUUGACAGCGCUAUAAUAGGGAGACAGAGUUUGGAGAUGGAGAUCAGAAACCUCCAAGAUAAAAUGACUGCUAACCAGAAAGCUUUGGAUGCCUCAAAGUGGGAACUGCACAAUCUGAAGAAAUCUUCCAGUGAGCUGGAUGGAAGCUUGAAGAGCAGCAGAGAAGAGGCCAGGACUGCUCAGAGCUCUUUAGUGGCUUUUAAAGAACAAAUUGCUACCCUGCUCAGUGGUGGAUCUUCAGUAGUUCAACCUUCCGAGAAGGCUAUUUUGGAGAGGAUCCAAGAAAUAAAUUGCAAAGAAGAGAGUAAAGAAAUAAUGGUGUCCCAGCUUGAAACCCAAAUAGCUAAAUUGACUGAAACUUUGGAAAAUCAGACCAGAUUGUACCAAGAAGCUCUGGAGAGGAGCAGGAAAGCUGAAAAAUGUUCUGAAACUUUCCAGGAUCAACUGAAACACUUGGAAGAGGAAUUACUGUCUGUGGAUCUGAUGCAAGAUGGUUUGAAGCUUGAGAAACAAAAAUAUCUGAAAUUUCUGGAGCAACUUAAUGAGAAGAUGAAGCUGGAUAGCCUAGCAGCAGAGGUUGGAUUUGAUAUGAAUAUGGAUGCGAUUCUAGCCCGGGUAGAGCAGUUAGUGAAACUGGAAGGUGAUGCAGUGAUUGAAAACAAGACUAUGGCAUAUAGCCUAAGAAGGAAGUUGAAGACUCAGAAGGAAAAACUUGAAAGCAAAGAGCUGCACAUGAACCUUCUGCGGCAGAAAAUAACCCAGCUGGAAGAAGAGAAGCAAGUAAGAACCACCUUAGCUGCGGAGAGGGAUGAGGCCAAUCUCACUAUCAGAAAGUUACAUAAGAUGAUAGAGAGGUUACAGAAGCAGCUUGAUCUGGCAAGGGAAAUGAAUACUGAUCUCAAAGCCAAGCUGUCUGAAACCAAUGAACUUAAGAUCAAAACUUUGGAGCAGAACAGAACAAUAGAAGAACUCAAUAAGUCUCAAGGCAAACUGGAAAGAAUGAAAGAAAAGGCUGAGAAACAACUUACCUCUGUCAAAUCAGAACUACUUUUAAAGGAGCGUAAAGCUACUGAAGAUAAAGAAAAAAACAAAAAUAUGUUAGAAGCAGUUACCAGUGAGAUGAAGGUGCUUAAAACAACCCUUGAAGAAUUAGCAAAAAGAGAGAGACAGCUGGCAGACUUCCGAGAGGUGGUCUCACGGAUGCUGGGCCUCAACAUUGCCAGCCUGGCUCUUCCUGACUAUGAAAUCAUUACACAUCUUGAAAGGUUGAUUCACUCCCAUCAGCACCACUACUUCCCCUGUGUCUGCCUCAAAGAUGUGGCAAAGGCACCAGAGGAACACUCGCAAAGAAACAUACAGCUUCUUCACUGAAACACACGUUUUAUAAGGAGACAGAACAAAGUAAAAUUUUCUCUUGUGCUUCCCUACCUGCUAGACAUGCAUAGAAAGCAGAUACUUAUUUCUGUUCCCCACUCUACAGAUACUGACUUGGGCUGAUUUUUAGUGUUUCAGCAGGGAGACUGA